AUGACGGCUAAAGAAGAUUUAGUCGAACCUAUUAUGGGUAAUGGUCAACAACCAACAUCAGAUAUAAAUGAUCAACAACAAACACCACCGGAUUACCAAACUUCAAUAAAAAUUGAGAAUGAAGAUGAUAAUAUUGAAGAUGAAAAAGUUUAUGAUGAAAAUGGUGAACUAAAAUUUCCAAUUGAUGAUUUAUUAAAACUUGAAGAACAAGUUAAUCGAGUACGAUGGAUUGUACCAGUUUUACCUGAUGGUGAAUUAAUUAAAUGUUUACGAGCUGCUGUUUGUCUUGCUAGAGAAAAAAUAGAUACUAAAUGUGAACCAUGUCAACGAUUUAUUCGUGAUAGUCUUGUUAUUUCAUUUACAAAAAUUUUUUGUGAUGAUGCUGUACAAUCAUGGAAAUAUGAUAUAUAUGUUGCUAUUUAUAAAAAUGCAAUGAAAUUUAUUCAAUUAUGUGUAUUAAAAAUUGAUGAUGAUUGUUUUCCAUUACUUGACAUUCUAAGUUUUCUUAUGAAUCCUUUAGGACGAUAUCAUCAAGCCAAUAAUAAUCGACACUGUUCAUAUCAUCUAAAAAAUGUCACUGAACCAUUUGGUGCGAUAAUUGAACAUCGUUUUCCACAAAGAGGUUGGCUUGUUGAUUUUAUAAAUAGAUUUGGAGAUUUAGGUGGUUUUGAUAAACUUCUUACUCGUUUUACCUCACCUGAAAAUAAAUUAACAAUAUCUAUUGUUAUUGCAUUACUUAAACCAUGGGGUCUUUGUUAUGAAUAUUUAACACAAUCAACAAUAAAAAAAUAUUUUGCACCUAUUAUUGAAUUUGUUCCACAAUAUCUUAAUCAAUUAGCAGAAAAUGAAUUUAAAGUUGAAGCAAAAACUGAAUCGAAAAGUGAUACAUUAUCAGCAGUGAUUAAAUGGCUUCGUCAUCUUGCAUCACGUCUACCUGAUAAUGAUAAAGCAUGUCGAGAUUUAGAUGAACUUCGUCUUAAAAUGGUUUUACGACUUUUACAAACAAAUUCAUUUAGUAGUAAAAUGAAUGCACUUAAUGAACUUCAUAAACUUAUUCCAAGUCUUAGUCCAAUUCAUCGUUCAACAAUAAAUCGUUUGGAUGAUAAUGAAGGUUUAACACCUGAAAAAUUUAUUAAAUGGAUUCAAGAUCAUGAAAUUCUCGAUAUUGUUUUACGUGAUUGUUUACAUCAACCACAAUAUGUUGAAAAAUUAGAACGAAUUCUUCGUUUUAUGAUUAAAGAACAAGCAUUAAGUCGAAAUGAUUUAGCUAAAAUUUGGAAUUCAUCAUGUGGAAAACAUGAAGCUAUUGAAAAAAAUGUUCAUGAUUUACUUGCUAAAUUAGCUUGGGAUUUUUCACCUGAACAACUUGAACAAUUAUUUGAUUGUUUUCGAGAAAGUUGGACAAAAGCUAGUAAAAAACAACGUGAAAAAUUACUUGAACUUAUUCGAAGAUUAGCUGAAGAUGAUAAAGAAGGUCUUAUGGCUAAUAAAGUUUUAGAAUUAUUAUGGAAUAUUGCACAUGAAAAUAAUUUUCCAAAUGAAAUUAUUGAUCAAGCUUUAGCAGCACAUUUAAAAAUUCUUGAUUAUAGUUGUUUAUCAGAAAAAGAAAAAACAAAAUUAUCUUGGAUUGAUCGAAUGAUGGAAGAUGUUAAACAAGAUCAACAUGUAAUUAUUUCAUUAAAACAAAUGCGUGAAAUAUGUACACAAUUUUCAGAACAUGGAUAUCCACAUAAUAUGCCACGUAUGUCUUAUCCAUUAAAUAGAAUUAGUCUUAUGGAAAUCUUAGAAAAAAAACAUAAAUUAACUCGUAUUAUAACAGAAAAUCUUUGUUGUUAUAUGGAUAAUACUAGACAAUAUCGAGAAGAAACAAAAAAAAUUUUACCACCAGAAGAUUAUUAUCCUGAUGGUCGUUUUAAUCAUAAUCAACAAAUAAAUGAACGUUUACUUUUUCUUAAGUUUAUAUUAAAAGAAGGUCGACAAUAUUUAAGUUUUGAUCUUAUGAAAAUGAUUUGGAUGAGUUUAGCUGAACAAGCUGUUUAUCCAUAUGAUCGUGAACAAUGUUUUCGUUGGUUUGCUGAUACUAUUGAUGAAGUUGGUUUUGAUUUAAAAGGAGGAAAAGAUUUUUUUCAAAAUCAUUUUAUGAAACUUGAACCUCAUUUACUUACUGAUUUUGGAAUGAAUUGUUUUGAUCGUUUUUUUAAAUCUGUUAAUACACAAUCACAUAAAUUAAUUCAAAAACGUCGUUCAAUACGUUUAUUAAAUGAUCAAGAUCUUAUUGGUAUUGAAUAUUUAUGGAAAUUAGUAUUAAAUGGUACAGAUAUUGUUGCUCAUCGUGGUAUACAAUUAAUUAAAGAAAUAUAUACAAAUAUAAAUUCAUCAUUAAAAAAUGAUAUUAAACGUAUACAUCAAACAUUUUUACAAGAAUGUUUUAAACGUUUACAAAAUGUUUAUGAAACAAUUAAAAUAAAAACAAAUCCAAUAAUACAUCAACAAAAACUUAAUACAUUAAUAAGAAUUUUAACUAUAUUAAGAGAAUAUUUAGCUGAAUGUGAUUAUUCUUAUCAUAAAGAACGAAGUAUUUUACCUAUGUCAAGGGCAUUUCGUGGUCGAUCAGUAACAGUAAUUAUUCGUUUAAAUACUGGACAAAAUCGACAAACAGAAGAUUUUGAAUAUGCAUCUCAUACAAAUGAAACAUGGGGACAUAUUCGACGAAUGAUUUAUUUACGAUAUAAAACAAGUUAUGGUAUUCUUGAAUUAUAUCGAAAUAAUGAAUUAAUUUAUUCUGAAGAUGAUAAUAAAACAUUAGGACAAACCGAUUGUCGAGAAAGAAUUACAAUAACAGCUCGUUGGGUUCAACAAACAAAUCAAGUUAUUUCAAGUGAUGAAAGUAGUUCAUCAGAUUCUGAAAUAAAUAAUAAUAAUAAUAAUAUAUCAUCAUGUUCAACACAUCACAAUCGUAUUUUAGAUUCAAUUGAUUUAAAUGCUGAAAAUGCAUUACCCUCUGUGAUAUUUUCUCAAAAACAUGAAUAUUAUCAAUUUCUUAUUGAAAUAUCUGAUAUGGGUUGUAAAGAAAAUAAUAUUUGUAUACGUGAUAUAUCACGUCAAAUACUUGAUUUAGUUCCUGUUGAUAAUCAAACAAAAAUUGCAUUUAUUAGUUGUUUAACAGCACCAAAAUCAAAUUCAGAUGAAAAUGGUUUACGUUUUAAAAAUUUUUAUUAUCAUAUAUCACCAACACAAUUAUUAUAUAAUUUAAAAACAACAUUUAUUAAAUUAGUACCAUCUAUACCAACACCAAGUGAAUUAACUGAAAUUGAUGCUAUAUAUGUAAGAUUUCUUAAUGCUGGUGGUUUAAUAUGUUUAUUAAAUAUAUUAACACAAAAACAAUUUAUUGAACAAUGUGACAUAAAAACACAUAAAUCAAUUUAUCUUAAUAUAUUUUAUAUGUUAAAACGUUUUCUUCUUAUACUUGGAUAUUAUCAAUUAAAAAUAACAAAUCAUAAUGAUUCAUUAGAUCAGAUACUUAAUUUAAUGCCUAUGACAAAUAUAUAUAUUGGUGAACAUCAUAUACCAAUUGAAAAACGUAUAGCUCUUUUAUUACAUCAACAUAUGAAUGAUUUUCCCAUACCGAAAAAUUCUUUUCUACAAUAUAAUCAUAUUAUUGAUAUUAUACGUCUUAUAUGGUGUUUAGCAUCAAAUAAUAAACAAAUAUCAUUUGAUGUUAAUUUAAAAAAUGAUUUUAAUUUAAUACAUCAAACAUUUAAACAAGAAAAUGUAAAUCCUAAUGAUCAAUAUAUACUAAAUGAUUAUUCUGAAGAAGAUACUGAAAGUCAAUUAGCUUGUCGUGAAGGUUUAGAAUUAUUAUGUAUAUCAAUAGCAUUAGUACCAUUAAGUGUUGAACAAUUAUUAAAAGAAAAUUUUUUUGAAUAUUUUCUAAUUGAUCUUAUACUUUAUUGUCAUUAUCCAAGUAUACGUCAUACAGCAUCAGAACAAAUAUUAAUAUUAACAACACAUUGUUCACAAGGACAAACAGAACAUUUAUUAAAAUAUUUAAUUGAUAAACAAUUUCAAAUAUUUAAUAAAUAUUCAGAAUAUUUAAAAAUUUAUUCAUCAUAUUCAUCAGAUUUUUUUUUCUUAUUAUGUCGUUUAUUAACAUUUGCAUAUCAAAAUCAUAUAAUACCAUUAAAUAUUGAACAACAAUUACAUGAUGAAAUAUUAUGGUUAAAAAAUAUACAAUUACCUAUUGAUGAUCAUUUAUUACGUGGUCAUUUAAAUUUAGCACGUGAUUUAUUACAAUUUCAAACAAGUGAACAUAAACGUUUCUAUGGAAUUGAUCAAUUAUUAAUACAACAAAUUAUUGAACAAUUUCUUUUUCCAGCAUCAACAUUACUUUAUCAAUUUCGUUCAACAAAACAACAAAAUAAUCUUUUAAAACAAACUAAUGAUAAUGAUGAUGAUAAUGAACUUAAAGAACCAUCAACACCUAUUUGUCAAACAUCAAUAACAAUAUCAGCUGCUUUUGAUUUAUUAGUUAUAUUAGGAACAUAUUGUAUUGAUAAUUUAAAAUUAAUUGAUAAAUAUAUUACAGAUCUUUUUUAUUCAGCUCCUGAUUCAAAUUUACAUGAAUGGGAUUAUUCAUUACCAAUUGGUUCACGUUCAAAUGAAGGUUUUGUUGGUUUAAAAAAUGCUGGUGCAACAUGUUAUAUGAAUUCUGUUUUACAACAAUUAUUUAUGAUUCAACCAUUACGUACAGCUUUAUUAUCUGUUAAAAUUCCACCAGAAUAUGGUGAUGAUGAAUCAGAGGAAGAUGAUCUACGUCGUGAUACAUUUGAUCCAAUAUCUGAUGGAAAAUCAUCUAUUAAAGAUAAUAAAAUAACAGUAUCACCAACAAAAGAUACUAAAAAUGAUAGAAAUGAAUAUAAUAUUCAAAUUCUUCGUCAAAUUCAAAGAAUAUUUGGACAUUUAUUAGAAUCAAAAUUACAAUAUUAUAUUCCAAAAGGAUUUUGGAAAAUAUUUAAAUUUGCUGGUGAACCAGUCAAUUUACGUGAUCAACAAGAUGCUAUUGAAUUUUUAAAUACAGUUGUUGAUAGUCUUGAUGAAGCAUUAAAAACAUUAAAUUUACCACAAAUAUGUUCAAAAGUUUUAGGUGGAAAAUUUGCUGAUCAAAAAAUUUGUAAAGAUUGUCCACAUCGAUAUUCACGUGAAGAAGAUUUUACAUUAAUAAGUGUUGAUAUUCGUCAUAGUCAAAAUUUAAAAGAAUCUCUUGAACAAUAUGUUAUUGGAGAAUUACUUGAUGGACCUAAUGCAUAUCAUUGUGAAAAAUGUAAUAAAAAGGUUGAUACAAUAAAACGAACAUGUUUUAAAAAAUUACCAACUGUUCUUGCUAUUCAACUUAAACGAUUUGAUUAUGAUUGGGAACGUGAAACUCCAAUUAAAUUUAAUGAUUAUUUUGAAUUUCCAAGAGAGUUAGAUAUGGAACCAUAUACAGUUCAAGGUCUUGCUAAAGCUGAAGGUACUUCUGUGAUUGAUGAAAAUACAAGUGAUGAUCAAACUUCGACAAAUUCUAAUAGUAACGAUGGUACUUGUUAUAAACUUGUUGGUAUUAUUGUACAUAUGGGUCAAGCUAAUGGCGGUCAUUAUUAUUCAUUUAUACAACACAAAAAUGAAUCAAAUUCUUCUCAUUGGUAUAAAUUUGAUGAUAUAGAUGUAUCAGAAUGUAAAAUGGAUGAUGAUGAAGAACUUCGAUCACAAUGUUUUGGUGGUGAUAAUCCAACAUCAUCAUUUGAUCAACCACCUAUGAAAAGACAACGACGUUGGUGGAAUGGAUAUAUUUUAUUUUAUGAAAAAUUAUCAAUUGAUUCUUCAAAUUCCGAAGAUAAUCUUGAAAAAGAUUUUGCACAAUUACAAUUAUAUGAUCAAACACAACGUAUGCCAUUAUCCGUACAACGUAGUGUUCGAAAACAAAAUAUAAAAUUUCUUCAUAAUCGAAUACUUUUCAGUCCUGAAUUUUUUAUAUUUAUAAAAAAACUUCUACAAAAUAAUAUACAUUAUUUAGUUAAUUUUAUUCCACAAUUACAACAUGAAGAUAAAAAUUCUUUAACAAAUACACAUGAAGAAUUAGCUUUGAUUAGUAUUCAAAUAGCAAUAAAAUUUAUUUUUUCAAUUGGAUGGCAUUCAAAAAAAGCACUUCGUGGUCAAAUAAAUGAAUGGAUUGAUCCAAUAUCUCAUUGUUUACGUUUAUCACGUAAAGCUCGAUAUUAUUUAGCUGAUGAACUUUUAAUUAAACAUCCAAAUCGUUUUCACGAAUAUUUAAUUGAUUGUACAUCAGCUGAAGUUCGUAGUGGAUUUAGUCGAAUACUUGUAGUUCUUGCACGAACUUCUCGACAAGAUGAUGAAAAUUCUAAUCAAUCAUCAGAUCAAAUACUUAUUGAAGAUACUAUUAUAACUAAUGUUGUACGUUUACUUAAAAAAGAAAUGUUUGAUAAUAUUAAAACAUUAAUACAAUAUUUUCAAUUUUUUAUUCUGUAUCUAUCAAAUGGUCGUUAUGAAUGUGAAAAAUUAAUUCAUUUAAAUGUUCCAAUAAUAUUUGCUACAAUGGCAUAUGAUGAUACAAUAAUAUCAUCAAUACCACGUUUUGGUGAACCAUCAAAAGUUUCAAUUAUACUUUCAACAUUAAUUCGUUGUUUUGAUGUUUCAAUGUUAUGUAAAACAAGACAAUCAAAUAAUGAACUUUUACCAAAUCCAUAUUAUGCAUUUGAUAAUAGUCCAUUAUGUUCUAUUCCAGAAGAUAUGAUUAAUAUUAUUUAUAAACAAGAAAAUUUUUUAAAAAGAAUUAUUGAAGAAAUUUGUUCAUGUGACGAACUAUUUAAUCUUCUUCGAUUUCUUAUUUGGGAAAAUCCAGAUAUUACUUGGAUUAUACUUCAUGACAUCAUCGGAUCACUUUCAAAAGUUUAUGCAAAUGACUUACGUUCUCUACUUCAUAUAAUAUAUGUGGUGCUUACAAUUGAAGAUUCUUGGCAAGAAGUUCGAAUCUUAUAUGCAUUAAAAGGCAUUCCAAUAUCAAAUGAAAAACAAAUAAUGAAUGAAAAUUCAUCAACACCAUUAUCAUCACCACCAACAACAUUAAAUAAUAAUCCUCUUAAUAAUAAUAAUAAUAAUGUUUCUUUAAAUCUAUUUGAUAUAUUUUUAAAAUUGAAAUCAUCUCAUGAAAAACGAGCUUAUCAAUUUCUUAAAAUGCUUUGUCAAUUAUUUACAACUUGUACGAAAGCAAAUAAUUUAUUACAAACAGAUCAAGAUAUAAAACAUCAUUGGAUACAAGCUGUUCAUUGGUUACGUAAUCAACUUGAACGACCAAAUCACAUUCCAACAAAUUAUUCUUAUUAUCAAUCUCAAGGACAAAUAACCAAUAAUGAUAUAUCCCAAGGAUAUUUUCUUGAACGAACACCAAGUGCUAGAUCAGUAUUAGAAAAAGCUUGUGAUUUAUGUUCGGAUAAAGAAAAUGAUGAUACUGGUUCAAAUAGUGAUGAAGGUGAUGAAAAUUAA